AUGCGGUCGUCGCAGGCGCAUCGCUUCUCCCCGGCCCGCCUGCCGCCGGGUGUGGCGAGGGCGCUGCUGUUGGCGGCGUGGGUGGCGGGAUGGGUGGGGCUGUGCGCGUGGGUGGUGUGGUUCGCGCAUUCGCAGGCCGCCAAUCCGCGGCAGGAGGCGAUGCGAGCGUGGUGUCGCACGCGCGUGCGAUACCUCCAGCAGGACAUCCGAUCGUCCAUCUCCCGCGCGCAGGAGGCAAUCGGGGUGGUACGGACCCUCGGUCACUUUGGCCCGCGCAGCAGCAGCAACCUGAGCUACUGGGGGCUGGCGGGGUGUGUGAAUUACAACUCGAUGAUGGACUAUAACCUCCAGGCGGAUAAAAUAGGCAACUUCAGCACAGGCACCAUCCUCAUGAUCGUCACCCGCCAAGACAGGCCACUAGUGGAGAGCAUAAUAGGCCAUACAAUCCAGUCCGUGCUGGGCCUGCCCGCCCCAAAGAAGGAUCUGUACGGAGUGAACGUGUUUGGCAGCAUCAACCCCGAAUUUCCAGUGCAGCCCUUCACCGACUUCUUUCCUCUCGUCCCCCCGGUUCUCCGCACCAAUCUGCUGAGAGGGCAGACUGUCGCGGGCGCUCCUCUCUCCACUGGACCUGGAUACGUGGCAAUCGUGUUUAUUGUUCCCAUCUUCCGCCAUCCGCUGCCAGCCGGUGCGUCUGUGGAGCAAAUCCGGCGCAGCAUAAGCAGUGCGUGGGCCGGCGUGGUGCAUCUUGAAAUGAUGGCCCGGCAGCUAUUGCACAUGCUUGAAAAUGGGAGCAGCACACACUCAUUUGCCAUGUAUGACAACACUGAAACAGGCGUGCUGAGGCAAAUCUACGGUCCAGAGGAGCCACGAUUGGAAAGCGGUUCUGCCUUCCCCUUUGUGCUGCCGCCGCCUGUGGUUGUGCCUCCCGAGCAUGUGGAGCCGUUCCCUGAGGACAUGAUGGGACGGACGUUUGAAGCACACUGCGGGUUUGAGGGCCCCUACCCCAAGUGGGACCUCGUGUAUGCUCCCAUGCUGCUGGGCUUGCUGGUGUUGCUGGUGGCAGUGCUGCUGUCCACCGUGAUUGCAGUGUUGGUUCGGAAGAAGAGGAGUUUAGAAGCGGAUGUGAAGGAGAUUCAGCUGUGCACGGUCAUCUUGGAGAGAGCUGAGCGGUCCAAGAGUGAGGCGGUGGCCAGCACGUCGCAUGAGCUGCGCACCCCAAUCAUUGGCAUGAUGGGCAUGAUCGAGGAAUUAUUGGAUUCGCCAUUAGAGGAGUGGCAGCAGGAGGACCUGCGGGUGGCGAGGGCGUGUGCGGGCGAGACAGUGGAGCUAAUCAACCGAGUGUUGGACCUCGCCAAGCUGCAGGCCGGCAGGCUGCAGCUCGAGACUCUCCCCUGCUGCUUGCGCCGCAUCGUUCAGGAGGCGACUGCAACUGUUGAACCGGGGAAGAAUCUGCAAGGGCCUGUGAUGACUUCGGUGGUGCAUUUUCUAUUUAUGAAGGAAGGUGUGCAGGACAAGGGUGCCAUGAACAACACGGCAGCCGGCCACAUAGCCAUCCGCCUCUGGUGCAUCCCUCCUCCACAUGCCGCCAGCUCGCCACCUGCUUCAGCCGCUGCUUCCACAGGCGCCACGCAAGCCUCCUCUGAGCCUCCCCCAGAGUCCUCAGGAUAUCCCCAGCUGGCUGGCUGUGUGCAGCGCUUCCCGCCGCCUACACGACUGCUCUGCCUUCCUCAGCGGCAACUAGCCAGCCAGGGGGGGCCUGUGGGCAAUGGGGGUGGGCAGGUGUGCAGCAGAGACGACAUGGGCAGUGCUGAGGAAAGGCAGGGCGGGGAUGGGCGGUUGGAGGAGGAGGUGAGGGAGUGGGUGGAAGGGGCGUGUGCAGUGAGGGCGGAUGGCGAGUGGAUGGUGGUGGUGGCCUGUGAAGACACGGGUGGUGGUAUACCACCCGAGCAGCUGUGGGGGUUGCUAGACCCACAUGGCCUUGCUUGCCACUCGCCGCAUGACAUGCACGGCAACGGGCAGCAUAAAGUCAUGGAGAGAAUACGGUCGCUGGGGAGGGCGGACUCACGGAAGGGCUUGGGGAGGUUGGCAUCGUUGAGGCAGCGGGAUCGCAGCGUGUGGGAUCCGUUGCAGCGCGACCGCAAGGCAGCUGCUGGCCCCCGUUGGACGCCCUACCCUGUUCGCUUCCUGCUCUCCACCUCCCUUGUGAGCUUCCUGCUCUCCACCUCCCUUGUGAGCUUCCUGCUCUCCACCUCCCUUGUGAGCUUCCUGCUCUCCACCUCCCUUGUGAGCUUCCUGCUCUCCACCUCCCUUGUGAGCUUCCUGCUCUCCACCUCCCUUGUGAGCUUCCUGCUCUCCACCUCCCUUGUGAGCUUCCUGCUCUCCACCUCCCUUGUGAGCUUCCUGCUCUCCACCUCCCUUGUGAGCUUCCUGCUCUCCACCUCCCUUGUGGCGGAGAUGCGGGGGGGCAUGGCAGUGCUGUCAGACGCCUCCACAGGCACCACCAUUCUGCUGGCGCUACCCCUGGGGGGAGGGGAGGACGCCGGCAGCAGAGAAGGGAAGGAGGGGAAGGGGGAAGUUGGGAAGUCAGGGGGGGCUGUGGGAGCGCGUGUGGGGCGAGAGAGCGGACCGCGGGUAGGCACGGAGGGGCCAGCUAGUGCUGUCACGGCGCAGCCAGCAGCACCACAGAAGCUGCAGGCGCGAGCGCUGGCUCAUGCGCACACGUUUCCGCAAGCGGGGGUGGAGCGGGCCGGGCCGGGCGUGGAGGGCGUGGGAGGGGCAGAGGGGGUGGUGCGGGGGGUGGUGGCGGGGCGGCGGGUGGCGGUGGUGGAUGACAACGCGGUGAACCGCAUGGUGGCGCGCAGAACGCUGCAGGGCUACGGGGCGCACGUGCUGCUGCUGUGCUCCGGGGAGGAGGCGCUGCAAGCGCUCUCCUCUGCCACGCCCUCCCCGCCCAUCCACCUGCUGCUCCUCGACCUCCACAUGCCGCCCGGCAUUGACGGGUCCGUGCCUUGCCCGACCCUCUCCACCUCUCCGUUACUUCUCCUAGACCUCUCUUUAACCUCUCCGUUAAUUCUCCUAAACCUCUCUAUUUGA